UUCUCAAAAACAUCUCUUUGGACCCCACCCAGCAUCCUUGCGCAGGAACUUCCUGCUAAAGGCUUUCGCAGGAAAUCCGCGUCCCUUUCUCUCUCUACAAACACGCCGCCUCAUUAUCCAAGUUCCGACCAUGUCCUCCCCCCUCUCUCUCAUAUUUCGAGUUCGGAAAUCUUCCCAAUUCUCCUCUUUCUCCCUCAUCUUCCGAGCUCCAAUCUCUUCCUAACUUCCUCCGAUCAUGACCACCGACCAAACAUCCAGAUUUCCGCCAGGAUCAUCUCCGAAUCUGACGCCAUUUUCGCAUUGGCCUCUUGGGACCAACCACACGGCCCUUUGGCUAUUGAACAGCGAACCUUAAAAUGGUCCGCCGUGAUUAGGUUUCAGUAAGAUCAGAAUUCGAAGGCAUUCCGCGAGCUAAGCUUUUCCGCAAGUAGAGGAAGAGGAUCUAGCUGGGGGAAGAGCAUUUCAAGAAGGACAAGAAGAACACAAGCAAGCGAAAGAAUAAUAAGGAGAAUUGAUGGGGCUACAUGGCUGCAGUGCCACUGGUGAGCUUGAUGACCAGAAAUUCAGCGAGCCGAUGCCAUGGAUCGGCCUCUACAUAGUAGGAGCUUCACUGGUGUGCUCUCUUGCCAUGGGAAUCGACACCUUUUAUGCAUUCCGUCGCCGGAAGAUCUGGUUCCCAUGCAAGUUCUUCUCACUUAAUGCUACUUCCUUGACCUUAUUAUCCAUUGCCACAAAACUGCCUGUGGAUCUGAACACAUCCAUGCCAAGCCGUGAAGAUCAGCUGACCAAGCUCAGUAGCACCAUCCUCAUUUGCACCGCAAUGGGCAACUUCAUGACCUCUCUAGGAACUAUGGAGGCAUCCGAAUUGCUUUCAAACGUUGUCGCCUUGGCUAUUCUUGUGAUCACUGUGAUCGUUAAUGUCGGUAUUCAAAUGGGUACUGGUGUGAUCUAUGCUUUUGUACCUGAACAUGCCAUAGUCAUGUUUUUCAUGAUGAUUUUACUCGUGAUCUUGGUUUUUUCGGCUUUAACAGUUCCAACAGCCCAGCAGCUGCUAGAACGACAGUAUCUUGCCAAGCAGGUACCAGUUAUGAAUAGAGUGUACAAUGAUGAUGUGUUCGAAGUAGAUAAAUUGAAAGAAGCUGUACAAAAGGGAUGGAUGGUGGCCCAUACUUGUAGUCCUCAGUAUGUUCGCUCAGCUACUUGCACCACAGCAGGAGAUUUCUGCCUCCUCAGUGCACUGAUUUUAUUGGAAGCUUCAGUCAGAUCAUUUAUAUCAUCGUCUUUGGACUUCUGCAGAGGGGAAUCCGACUAUAAGUGGUCAAUUAAAUUGGUUUUAAUUUCUCAGGUGAUUGCAGUAGUAGUUGGUACCAUUCCCCCAGCUAUUAGAUGGUUCAAUGCUAUUAGCUUCACAAGCCCAAGUCAGAAAAGAAGCUACAGAGAUGUGUUUAAGGUAGAGGGGUACUGGAUUCAGAGGCUGGUAGAUUGGAAAGAAAGCCCUCUACCAUUCCACAUUGGUAGAAGGCAAUGUAGAAAAAUAGUCUAUUUCUUAAAAUUUCGAUUUCUUGAUGCCUGCAUUGGACUGCAAACUGCAGUAGUAGUAUUCUGCAAGUUCGUUUCGCUGGCUUCUAUAUUGCCAUUGAGUUUGCUCAGUAGAGUCUUCUGCCGCUCCCGGAAAGGGCAUUAUAGGGAUUCUGAAUCCAACCAACCGGAGUCGAAGAAUCUGCAGGAUUUUGUAUUGCAUCUGGAAGGGGAGGAUGUUUGGGUUGAUCUGAUAAUGAAAAGCGGUCUCCAAGACAUGAAGCAAUUGAUUGAGAAGAGCAGGAAGAAUGAACCUACUCAUCUGAUUAAACUUCUAGAGUCAGCUUUAUCAGAAAGUCUCAACGGUGUGGCCGAGUUUGAUGGUGACCAGGUUCCGCCAAUUGGAGAGAAGCUUCAAAACUGUUGGGUUCUGCCUGUGGUUACCCUCACAAGCAUUGCCGUCGCAAUUCCCGACAUUGACCAAAAUACAAUCAGAUCAUUGCGGGAUGCAGUAGAUGAAGGCCUCAAGUAUGUAAGGCUCAUAGAGAGUUGUGACACUGAUAUUUAUGAUCUAAAGAGGUUUAACAUGAGGAAAGCAGCGGAUAUAGUAUGGCGUGGCAUUGAUAUUUAUGAUCAAUGGCUUGACAUUGAUCUCCACAUAUUGGUCACUGAAGAAAAACAUACGAAGAAGAUAAUCGAAAAACUAAUGGAUAUAGGAUCCAAAAGCGUUUUGGAGUUCACAGCUGGGGGUGGUGGUGAAUGGCCUGCAAAGGUAUUGGCAGCCAAUUCCAUGUACUGGAUCGGUAAGACUAUUCUGGAGAAGCACAAUGACAAGCUUGAGUCUCCUGAGGAUUUGUCCAAAUGGUUACAAACAACUAUUGCUGACAUAUUGGGAGCUUGCCUUACCAACCUGCCUCGUGUUAUAUCUAUCGAACGCCGUGGCGACAGCAUUGAUGAGAGGGAAAAGGAAAUAAAGGAUGCAGCAUCUGCUCUCGGUGAAGUUCAAGACGUUUUUGCAAUUUUAAGUAAGCAUAAGCUCCCAGAUUUGAGCCCUUAUGAGAUGGCAGAUAUUGACGAUUGGCGUGAAGCUCUAUCUCGCCCUUCUUCUCCUGAUGAUGUCUAGCUUAACUUCAGGUGAAUUGCCUUUAUUAAUUGAGAAGGAAUUCGAAGCAAGGACCUGGAGAAUGAAAGAAAGCAGAUCACCACUCGGAGGAGUGUUGAUCCUUAGAUUAACCUGGUAAUAUAAUUCUUAUGUGGCUUUUUGUAUUACUAUCAUGUGAAUCGCAUUUAGAAUGCACUACUCAGUAAGGAAGUUAAAUCUUCAUGCAUGGGAUUUAAAUGAAAAAAAUGAAUUCCUAAAAAAUAUAAUGGAACUAUAGUUGUGAGAUGGUUUCAUUUU